UGUUUUCAGAGUCAGAGAUGAUGUUGUCAGUCGUUCUUCUAGUGGCUAUUGCUGGGCUAGCAGCGGGAGCCCCCAACCCCAAGCCAUCGCUUGUUCGUCAAUGCGAAAACAUUGAGUGUCCCGACUAUACUCAAUUGCAGGUACUUCGUCCCGAUAUGUGGAAAAUGAGCGUGGAGCCAGGACGAUGGGUGGGAAAAAUGGCUGAAACCUGCAACAGAACUGAUGCGUUUCUUUCAGUCUUCAAAUACCUUGACGACUACUUUAUAGACAAUGGGAUGGAACGGACACUCCCUAUCGUGCUGGAGGUAAUCAAGAACAAACAAAGAUGGGACAGCCGUUCCUCUUGUUCCCGCCAAAUGGAAGAAUCCUAUCCUUGCUGUGAAGAAUUCUACAAUCUACUAUUCUAUAUCCCAAGAGCUUCCCAAGAGAGUGCUCCAUAUCCAUCAGAGGAAUCUGGAAUGAGGCUGUACCCCAUACCAUACACUUUGGUAUUCUACGUCAUCUCUUUUGACGGGCACCCGACCAAUCAGAAUGUGCUAGAGAAGUUCCAAGAGAUUACCGAAUACCUCGAAGAUCGGAGAAUCCCAUUCGAAGAUGAAUAUUAUUAUAUUGCCAGUGAGUAUUGUUGGGGCGGUGCUAUGUGGGGCAGGGUUAUGGGCGACACCAGGGUAUUUUUAGAUAGCGGGAACAGAAUGAACAAGGCAACCUAA